AGUUCAGAUUGUUGUUCAGAAACUGAAAAAGAAAAUGUCUGUAUCAAUGUCAAAACCUUCUUUCUCAGCACCAAUUCCCAUUCCAGGUCCCCGUAAACCAUCGUUUUCGGUUUCACAACUGAAAAUCCGAUGCGACUCUUUAGAUUCAGCAUCGCAGAUCGAUGCCAAAAGGCCGCCGCAACCCAAAUCGUUAUCGGCGGCUGGGAAGUUGAUGGAGUCGGAUAACAAAAACGGAUCAUACCCGGGUGGGAUGGGGUCCUUUACGGGCAGAGACCCUAACGUGAAGAAACCGGAGUGGCUGAGGCAGAAAGCUCCUCAAGGGCAGAGGUUUGAUGAGGUUAAACAAUCUCUCUCUCGCUUGAAACUCAAUACUGUUUGUGAGGAAGCUCAGUGCCCCAACAUUGGAGAGUGUUGGAAUGGAGGUGGAGAUGGCAUUGCUACUGCAACGAUAAUGUUGCUUGGGGACACUUGCACACGAGGUUGUCGAUUUUGUGCGGUUAAAACCAGUAGGAACCCGCCGCCGCCUGACCCCAUGGAGCCUGAAAAUACAGCUCAGGCGAUUGCCAGUUGGGGUGUGGAUUAUAUUGUUCUGACUAGCGUAGAUCGUGAUGAUUUACCUGAUGGUGGAAGUGGGCAUUUUGCUCGGACUGUCCAAGCUAUGAAGAAACUCAAGCCGGACAUCAUGGUUGAGUGUUUAACUUCUGAUUUCCGAGGUGAUUUGCAAGCUGUAGACUCUCUGGUACACUCUGGAUUAGAUGUUUUUGCUCAUAACAUUGAAACUGUGAAACGGCUCCAAAGAAUUGUCAGGGAUCCUCGGGCUGGGUAUGAACAGAGCUUGUCAGUUCUAAGACAUGCAAAGCUCAGCAAAGAAGGAAUGAUAACGAAAUCUUCUAUAAUGCUCGGUCUUGGUGAAACCGAUGAUGAGUUAAAGGAAGCCCUGGCUGAUUUAAGGGCUAUAGAUGUUGAUAUUCUUACACUUGGACAAUAUCUACAGCCUACACCGCUCCACUUGACCGUCAAAGAAUAUGUUACGCCUGAAAAGUUUGCUUUCUGGAAGGAAUACGGGGAAUCAAUCGGCUUUCGUUAUGUAGCUAGUGGACCCCUGGUUCGAUCAUCGUAUAGGGCAGGGGAGCUCUUUGUUAAGACCAUGGUGAAAGAAAGGACCAACAAUACUACAGCUUCAUCCAAUUGACCUUUAGGUCUUCAGUUCUGGACUCCCAAUGUGGUCCUACACACACACACACACA